CCGAGUGGAGGAGGAGAGAGAGGCCGCCCGCUGCCCAAUGACAGCGCAGGAUGCUGAGAGAGGCUGUUGGGCUUGAAUGGAGGCGACAAGAUGCCGUCCAGAGCGACCAAGGAGACCAACUGACAUCUGAAAAGAUCUGACAUUGAUGUGACCUAACCCACCCAUUCAGACAUGAAAUAAGUCAUCCUGUUUGGUUGAAAAAAGUCAGAGCAGUCUCAUUUGAGCACGCCCCUGUUAAAGGACCCUCUGGUGGCUACUCCUCUGAAUCACGGGACAUGUACGGCAGUGCCAGAGCUGUAGGUCAUGUAGAGAGCAGCCCUGUACGGUCCCCGCGCCUUCCAAGGUCCCCCAGACUGGGCCAUCGAAGGGCACACAGUGGGAGCGGGGGUGGUGCAGGGGGCAAGACCCUCUCCAUGGAGAACAUCCAAUCACUCAACGCUGCCUAUGCUACUUCAGGGCCCAUGUACCUGAGUGACCACGAGGGCGUGGGCUCCACUGCCACCUACCCAAAGGGAACCAUGACUCUGGGUCGCGCCACCAGCCGGGCCAUGUACGGGGGUCGCGUCACAGCCAUGGGCAGCAGCCCCAAUAUUGCUUCAGUGGGGCUGCCUCAUGCUGACCUUCUGUCUUACAGUGACCUGGGCUCCCUCUCCAUGCUGCACGCCCACCACCACCAGGGGGUACCCUCGGCUCUGCUCAGGCAGGCCGUGCGGGGCAGUGGUGGCGAGCUGCUGGAGAUGCAGGCCCAGCUCAGGGAGAUGCAGAGGGAGAAUGAGAUGCUGCGGAGAGAGCUUGACCUGAAGGAGAGUAAGUUGGGAUCUUCCACUAACAGCAUCAAGAGCUUCUGGAGCCCAGAGCUGAAGAAAGAGAGGAUCAUGAGGAAAGAGGAGGCGGCUCGAACGUCCAUUCUGAAAGAGCAGAUGAGAGUCACCCAUGAGGAGAAUCAGCUGCUGGAUGCCAGGAGAACCAAGCAUCUCCAAAUGACCAUACAGGCUCUGCAGGAUGAACUACGCACACAGCGAGACCUCAACCACCUGCUUCAGCAGGAGAGCGGAAACCGAUCUGGCUCGGAGCAUUUCACCACCAUCGAGCUGACAGAGGAGAACUUCCGCCGCCUGCAAGCUGAGCACGACAGGCAGGCCAAGGAGCUCUUCCUGCUUAGAAAAACCCUGGAGGAGAUGGAGCUAAGAAUAGAGACCCAGAAACAAACACUCGGUGCCAGGGACGAGUCCAUUAAGAAGCUGCUGGAGAUGCUGCAGAGUAAAGGGCUGCCUCCCGGGCCGGGCAGGGCGUCCGAAGAGGAAGAGCAGGAAAGAGCCAGGCGCAUUGCUGAGGCAGAGGCCCAGCUUGGACACCUGGAAGUAAUUCUGGAUCAGAAGGAGAAAGAAAACAUCCAUCUACGAGAGGAACUGCACAGAAGAAACCAGCUUCAUCAGGAUCCAAGCAAAACCAAGGCCUUGCAGACCAUCAUAGAGAUGAAAGAUACCAAAAUUGCCUCUCUGGAGCGCAACAUUCGAGAUCUGGAGGAUGAGAUCCAGAUGCUGAAGGCGAACAGCUUACUAAACACAGAGGAUCGAGAGGAGGAAAUCAAACAGAUGGAGGUCUACAAGAACCACUCCAAGUUUAUGAAGACUAAGAUUGACCAACUGAAGCAGGAGCUGUCAAAGAAAGAGUCGGAGCUGCUGGCUCUGCAAACAAAGCUAGAGACCCUCAACAACCAGAACUCGGACUGCAAACAGCAUAUCGAAGUGCUCAAAGAGUCUCUCACUGCCAAAGAGCAACGUGCUGCCAUCCUCCAAACAGAGGUCGAUGCUCUACGGCUGCGUCUGGAGGAAAAGGAGUCCUUUCUGAACAAGAAAACUAAGCAGCUGCAGGACCUGACAGAGGAGAAGGGAACUCUCGCUGGAGAGAUCAGGGACAUGAAGGACAUGCUGGAGGUUAAAGAAAGGAAAAUUAAUGUUCUGCAGAAAAAGAUUGAGAACCUGCAGGAGCAGCUCAGAGACAAAGACAAACAGCUGGGAAACCUCAAGGACAGGAUCAAGUCUCUGCAGACCGACUCCAGUAACACAGACACUGCCCUGGCCACCCUGGAGGAGGCGCUCUCAGAGAAGGAGAGAAUUAUUGAGCGACUAAAGGACCAAAGAGAGAGAGAAGACAGAGAACGUCUGGAAGAAGUGGAUUCCUAUAAGAAGGAGAACAAAGACCUGAAGGAGAAGGUCAACAACCUGCAGAUAGAGUUAACAGAGAAGGAGUCUAGUCUCAUCGAUCUCAAAGAACAUGCAUCAUCCCUGGCAUCUUCUGGCCUCAAGAAGGACUCAAAGCUCAAGUCCCUGGAAAUCGCCAUCGAGCAGAAAAAAGAGGAGUGUAGUAAGUUGGAGACGCAGUUGCAAAAGCAAGCUGAGCAGCUAUUCAGUCACAUGAACAAUCCUAAAGCUCAUGAGGUGGAGCAGCAGCACUCAGGCCCCCGAGGAAACCCAGAGUACGUGGACCGAGUAAAGCUUCUGGAAAAGGAAGUGAGCUAUUACAAAGACGAAGCAAGCAAGGCUCAGUCGGAAGUGGAGAGGCUUCUGGACAUACUGAGAGAGGUGGAAACCGAGAAGAAUGACAAGGACAAAAAGAUUGCUGAGCUGGAAAGCCCCCCAUCCACUGCCCCUCGCCAUACCCCUCGUUCUGGAGGCAGAGCUCCCCCUGACCCACUCCCUUCUGUGUCUGCCGCCCCUCAGCAGAUAGGGGGCAUGGUCUGGGAUUUCCUGGGAAAGCAAGGAGGUAAAGAUCAGAUCAAGAAGGGUUCCAACAUCAAACUGGGACUUCAAGGGGACAAGAAAGGCUUAGGGCAAGAUCCUCGCAAGGAAGGCUCUUUAGAAAGUGGUCACCACUUAAAGCUGGAGGAACUGAUGAGCACCCUGGAAAGGACGAGACAGGAGCUGGAUGCCACCAAGCAGCGUCUCUCCUCUACACAGCAGUCUUUGCAGGAAAGGGACACCCAUCUAACUAACAUGAGACAAGAGCGCAGGAAGCAGCUGGAAGAGAUUCUUGAAAUGAAACAACAAGCUCUGCUGGCAGCCAUCAGUGAAAAAGACGCUAACAUAGCAUUACUCGAACUAUCUGCCUCUAAUAAAAAGAAGACCCAGGAGGAGGUGCUGGCCCUGAAAAGAGAGCGGGACAAACUGAUGCACCAACUCAAACAACAUACACAAAGCAGAAUGAAGCUGAUAGCUGACAACUAUGAGGAUGAGCAGUAUCAUCCACAUGCUCCUCACCACCAGCCACAGCCUCCAAAUGCCCAGACUCAGCCACAGCCCCAAUACCCCCAUCCUCCCCAUGCUCAGCAGUCUCCUUAUCCACACGCCACACACCCCCAACAUCCACAGCACCUGCAACACCCACAAGCCCCGGCACAGCACCCGCAUCCACAGCAACCGCAGCCCCAGUAUCCUCAACACGCACAACACCUGCAGCACCCACAGCACCCACAACACCAACAACACCCUCAGCAUCCUCAGCAUCCUCAGCACUCUCAACCGCUUCCUCAACACCAACAGCAUCCACGUCCCCCACAGCCACAGCACCCGCACCAACAGCACCCACAGCAUGUGCCGCAGCACCCACAUGGACAUCCGGCUCCACAGCACCCUCACCCUCAACACCCACAUGGCCCUCCCCCCCAAGGACCUCACCCACAGCAUUCUCACCCGCAGCAUCCUCAGCACCCUCAGCAUCCCCAACAUCCGCACCACGCCCAGCAUCCUCGUCACCCCUCACCUCACCAUCGUGGAGGGCCGGCCCGUGGACCGCCACACGCAGGCCACCGUCCCUCUCCAGACCAGGAUGAUGAGGAGGGCAUUUGGGCAUAGCUGAGACAACCAAAGCUCUAAUGUUGUUUUGAGGGGAGAUUCAGUCACUACUGGAGGAGCAUGGUCAUCCCAAGAUGUUGAAACACUACCCAAAUAAACAUUUAUCACCUUCAGUGAAUCAGUACUUCUGAGCAGUGGGACCUUUAUUUGUUUUUUUUGUUUGUUUGUUGGUUUGUUUUUCACUUUUGUGUUUUGUUUUGUUAUAAUUUGCACAUUUGUUUCUGAGGAACAGGAGGAGGUACUCAGGUUUUCAGGUCCUGCAUGAAGACUGGCAGCUGAGCAGGUGAGGUGAGGCCUUCGCUAUGCGUGACUAAGAAGACCAUCCUCCACAGUGUUCACAAAUCAUUUAAAAUGAUGCACUGAUGGAGACACAGAAGACAAAUUGCUGCUUUAAUGGACAUGACUACCACAGGCACCCUGCAGCAGAGGUGUCACAGAAGUCACCUCACCUGUCUGUCACCUGCUGAAUAACCCCUCUUCAUCCUCACAACAGAGAAUUUAUGAUUCUGCCAGUAAAGCUCUUUUUUUUUCUUUCAUGAAACCACAUCAUUUGUUUUAAAAUGGUUGUUAUCUUGUUGACCGUUAAAGUCAAGCUCUGACUGGCUUCUAGGCCUGACGCUCAUUCUCACUUCCCUCCUGACUCACAGAGUGACAUCUGACCCCUCCACGUAUCGCUACCGACCCUCGGAGUGUCUUCUGCUAUCUUUUACAUCUGGACAAGUUGUAUUUAUCUUCGAGGUCACGUGUUAGGCAUUUCUUCCUAUUAUGAUGUCUAUCUUGACUAGCAUGUCAUCAACACAUUCAAGUCACUCUAGGUUUUCUGUUGCCAUUUUUUGUUGGCACAAGGAAGCACUUUUUGUUCACCUAUGGAGCGCCUUGAGUGACUUUCCUGCAGUGUUUCCCUUGCUGCACAAACCUCUGGUUUUGGGGUCUCGUUUUUGCCUCAAAGUAGUGGCUCUCAUCAGCAUUUUUUUUUUCUUCGCAUUACCUCAUUUUAGUCAGAAAUAGAAAAAUCAGUCUAUGCAGAUAUCAACAUAGAGAUAAUGCAUUUUUAUUUUUCCAUGUUUAUUUGAAUUAAUUAUAAUUGUAUUUGACCAAUCAGAGCUGCCAAGAGAGUGGUCAGAAGAUAUUCAUUAGAUUCUUUUGAUUUUCUGCGACUAUGCACCUCCUCUGUGUUGGCAGGAACUUUCACUAAUGGUGCUUCUGCUGGUGCUCAAACUAAAUGGUGUCAGAAGAUCAAACCAGAGCAUCUUUUAGUCCUUUUACAGUAGAGGGACAAGGUCCCACAAUGGGCUUCAUAAGCAACAGUACAAGACUACUUUGUAUAUAUACUGGUUAAAAUUUGGGGGGAUGGGAGGGACUUUGUGAACAACGAUUAAACAUUUUCUCCAAAAAUAUGGCUGCCAUUAGCCUCAGAAGAGACCGUGACGCUAAGUAGACGUUUUCUCUGCAGAUCUAAGUGGUUCCAGUGACACCCCAGUCUCUCGAUGAGUCCUAUCCCCUCUCCUUCAUAAUCUUCCAGCAGUAGCCUGUGUGACCUCCCCACACAUAGUGACUUGUUUUCUCCUACUCAACAAGGUGGCCUGUGCCUCGUAAAAUCUGUACACAAAAAAUAGAUAUGCAUAUAUUAUACAUAUAGAGAGAAAUCUAUAGAGUGUGUCUAUAUGUGAUCAAAAAUGUUUAAAACUAAUAAGAUAUAGUAUAUGUUUUUGUUUUAUUUUUUUCAUUUAUGGUUAUUUUUCUAACUGGCUCGAGGUCAGAGAUAUUUUAUUUAAGAGUGCUGAUGGGUGAAAUGUUCCUCAGAUUUGUACUCUGGGAUAAAACCCUUCAGAAACUUAACAUUCCCUGUCUGAAAAUACAGACCCAUCCAGAAAAAGAGAAGCAUAAAAUAUAUUAAAUAAGUUUCAGAGCGGCAAUUUAUGGGAAAGUGAGUCCAAAUUUAUCUAUUUGUCUAGAAAAGACGCCAAUAUUACAUUCCUUUAAAGGGAUAGUUGGGGGUUUUUUGAGGAGGGGUUCUGUGGGACUGAUCAGCAGUUGGACAUUUUGCUUGAAAUGUAGUUUACUGAACAAUUUAAAUUUGGAUGGAAAGAAAUUAUUUCCCACUAUAGAGUCAAGAAUACGACGGGUCAGAUUAGAUCCAGUUCCAUAGCAGUGUUUUGCCCUCUCAAAUUAACUUUUAGCAGUAUGUGCACUAUCUUAUCAAUCUUCGCAUUAACAUUGCUUUUAUAGUCAAUGUAAAAGGGACAAUAGUUUACAUGCAAGUUUCUUGUUAUAUAUGCAGCAAGCUGUGUUUCUCUGAGGUUCAUUAAUGAUGACGUUGCAAUUAUGUUUGCUAAAAUGCAAAAAAAUGUACAAAAACUGUUUAAGACAUUUUGGCAAAACAAAUAAGAGGCUCAAGUGAAUGUUAUUGUAUUAAUCUUUUUACGCUGCAUUAUUUUAUGCGAGGUAAGAUGAGAUUUCUAUGGAUGUUCUAUGUAAAACUGAAACUAAUGUUACACACAAUAAAAUUAGGAUAAUAUACUUGUGCAAGAGGCAUUAUAAAAAGGAUAUUCACAACCUCAGUACUAAAUAGUUUUCACAUCAUGUCAGGGAAUGUGAUGUUUUUAAGACAUCAUGAACUAGUGCUACAUUUUUUUGAAAUAGAGACCCCAUGUUGUCUUUUUGUCACUUGUCUGUCAAUACCUUUUGAUUCGUUUGGGCAGUUGUUUUUUUUUUUGCCUUGAUAUAUAAAAUCAUGACUUGAAACUGCAUCUUAUAUUAAUUAAAGUUUCCUUUAUUUGUUAUUGAUAUUUAUUAAUGAUCUAAAACAUUAACGUGAUAGAAAACAAAAACAACGGUAAUUUGUAAAAGGAUAUAAGCAACUUUAGACUGCUGAUAGCAAACGCCCAGAAUUCCACUUCUUAAAAUCCCUAACUAUCUCUUUAACACUAAACAAACUCAGUUGAAGACCACUUAGCCUGUGGUGACAACUUUAAACAGAAAAGUAUUUUUUAUUUUGUUUUGUAGCUCUCACAGGUAGCAGUGAGAUUACUUCUGCUGCAAGCAGAAGCUUGCACUUGUAAAUGAGGACUAUCACAAUAUCCUCCAAGGAGAGGUUUCAGUGACUCUGUCUGGAUGCAUUUCUCCGAUGUGUAUUUGUUGUUGUCGUCAUGUGAACUGAAGUGGUGAUGUGUGUGUGUGUGUGUGUGUGUGUGUGACCGUGACAGCUGAUUUAGGUAGGAAAACCAUCACGUUGUUACAGUAUUAUGAGAAAAUGAAGCUGACUGUUACUAAUGCCCUCCUCCUUCCUCGACCCUCCCGGUGUCUGUGUGUCAAGUGUUGGUUAUUGUAAACAAAUGUCUCUCCAUCUCACCCAAAUCUUCUCAAACCAAGGUGAUCCACUCUUCUUUUUUUUUUACAUGUGUCAUUCCCACACAAGCAGCUCCCACCAUUGAACAAAAACCAACAGGUUCUACAAGACGUUUGUUUGUUUUUGUUUACAAAUCUUGAUAUAAAGGCCUUUUUUAUUGUUAGAGAGACAGCGCAAACAGACAGAGGAGCGUAAAUCCUCUCACUUCACCAUCAGGGGGUACUAAUCCUCCAUUUUCAGGUCCUUAUCUACUGAAUACUUGAAGUAGGGAGUUUUCCUACCAUGAUAUAGCAUACAUUAUUUAAAUGAUAAACAACAUGGAACAUUUUAAUUGUGCUCAUGCAUGCUGAUUUUUACAUAACGUGCCAAUUGAAGGUGAUGGUGUAUGGAUAAUCUACUGUACUCUAUGCAGUGAUUGCUCUAUUGUCGUGUCAAAAAUAUGAUCUAAAAAUAUAGUUAUUAAAAGAUGCUGAACUUGGAGAUUGGGAGAUUGUUUCCUGUGCUCAGAUUAAAGACUAGCAGGCGAUUCUUUAUCCGUGCCUAGAAGCAGCUGUGUAGAUUCACCAGUCAUUUUUAAAGGCCUUUAAAAGAACUACAAAAAGCCAACUAUAUGUUUUUCUUUCUUUGCUGUAGUAGUGUUUAUUUUAUUACUUUGUUGCUGAAACUUUUUGAUUGAACAAAUCACUGUGACCAAUGGCAGAUAUUUUUUUUAUUAUUAUUAUUAAAGAAAAUGUUGAGUUUUUACUUUUUUAUUCAUUCAGUUUUGUAUUUAAGUUGAGUUUUAUUUUUUCUAUAAUUUAUGCUUACUUACCAUUUUGAGACAGUACUAUUUGUAAUGGUAAAUAUUUUGAGCUGUACAGUAACAGACCUAGAAACAAAACUCAAUGUGUGUCCAGCAUGCUGAAUGAUCACUUGUGUGAACGUGAGCUGAUGCAGCAUCAGUCCUCAUCCAUUUCUUGCAUCUGCAUUGUGCAUUGUGACUGUGUGAUGUUGUGUUGGAGAGUGAUAUGUGUCUCACUUACUGUGUCCCCUUAGUAGACAGCCUGUGCAGUUUUGUGAGAGCGCAGCAUGUUUUUUUUUUCCAGGUGUGGGGGUGUUACUGGUGUAAAUGUAUUCAGAAAAAGAGAGCAACUUGUGUGUGCGUGAGUGAGUGCAGAUAACAGAAUGUGUGUAAGUGUUAUCAAUGCAAAAGAGACUAAUUUAUUUAAAAAAAAGAGAACUUUAUCAGCCAAUUGUUAAAGAAAAGAAGUGGGCAAGUUUCGAAUGACGCAUGGAUACUAUGUAAUGUUUGGUUUGUUUGCUUUUUUAACAAUAGGAGGCUGUCCUUAGUGCCCCAGUUUGCUAUUGUCUGUGCUGUAUCAGAAUAAUACUAUUGAGUGUUGGCCAGCUUGUUUAUAUCCAUCAAAUAAAGGUGACUUUCUUUCUGUC